AUGCCUGGCUACCAUGGUGCUUCAUUCAUUGUCAUGUUUUUGUUCGGACGGAUUGGUGUUACCUAUGCUCUUUUUGUCUGCGCGGCAGCCAUUAAAUGCUAUAAAGGAAUCAAAGAAAGACCACCAAUCGAUGUAAGGGAUUGUCCACUGGCGAAGUAUUGUGCUAAAAACAACCUUAGUGAAACCCGCUAUGACUGCGACGACCUUUUCUUCUGCAGAGGAGAGGGUUGCGUACCAUGGUUAAAGACCAGCAGCAUUUGCUGCUGUAAUUCGGAUCUUUGCAAUGGAGGCGUAGCUUCUGAACCAAAACAGUUAUCAGGAUUCCUUUCCAUGAUAUCUAUCAUUAUAGUAAAACUCAUUAUGUACUAAGUAAUUGUAGAGAAUCUGAAUAAAUUGCUGGAAAGCU